CUCUGACCAAAAUUCGAUUCUUUCUCCAAUUGAAACUAAUCUUUGGGUCCAACAGUACUGAAGACUGAAAUUUUUAAAUUAUUUUCAAAUCUAUAAUAUCAACAGAUUAUUUCAAAAUGAGUGAAACAGUUUUACUAUUGGGAAGCGGGUCUCGAGAGCAUACCCUGGCCUGGAAACUGGUGCAGUCCCACAAAGUUAACAAGAUUUAUGUGGCGCCAGGAAAUGGAGGCAUUCAUACAUUGGGAUCAAAGGUCCAGACCGUCGAUUUAGAUAUUAAAAAUGUGGACAAAGUGGUGGAGUGGUGUCUACAGAAUAAACCGCAACUGGUUGUGGUCGGACCCGAAGAUCCACUUGAAAGGGGUGUUGUCGACAAAUUGAGCGAAAAGGGAAUCCGUUGUUUUGGUCCAAACAGAGCCGCCGCGCAGAUUGAAAGCAACAAAUCAUUUGCCAAAGACUUUAUGAAAGCUCACGACAUACCGACCGCUCGGUACCAGAAUUUUAAAGAUGCGAACGAAGCAAAAAACUUUAUCAAAAACGCGAACUUUAAAGCUUUGGUCGUAAAGGCCAGUGGAUUAGCGGCGGGUAAGGGUGUUAUAGUGGCCGCCAAUGUAGAGGAGGCGUGUAAUGCCGUCGAUUCCAUUCUUGUGAAUAAAAGUUUUGGAAGCGCUGGGGAUGUGGUUGUUGUGGAAGAGUUGCUCGAAGGCGAUGAGGUCUCAGUUCUUGCACUUACCGAUGGAACCCAUUUCAAGACAUUACUUCCAUCGCAAGACCACAAGAGAGCGUAUGAGAACGACAGGGGACCCAACACUGGAGGAAUGGGUGCUUAUUGUCCCUAUCCUUUCCUCGACUCAAAAUCAGUCGAAAUCAUUGAAAGAGAUAUUUUGAGAAAAACAAUUGACGGCUUACGGAAAGACGGCAAACCAUUCGUUGGUCUUUUAUUCGCCGGACUUAUGAUCACAAGAGACGGACCAAAAGUGAUUGAAUUCAACUGUCGUUUUGGAGAUCCGGAAACGCAGUCAGUUAUUCCACUAUUGGAUUCUGAUUUGUAUGAUAUAUUCAAUGCCUGUACUCAACAAAAGUUGAACACAAUUGAACUAAAAUGGAAAAACAAGAGUUCGUGUGGUGUAGUGGUGGCGAGUGAGGGGUAUCCCAACACUCCCAUCAAAGGACAACUCAUUGAAGGCAUUGAUGAGGCUAUUAAAGCAGGACUUCUUGUCUUUCAUGGCGGCACUCAAUACAAAGAUAACAAGUUUUAUAAUUCUGGAGGAAGAAUCUUAACAGUGGUCGCAGUUGAGGAUGAUUUGGGAACCGCUGUUAAGAAUGCUCUUAAAGGCGCAAAUCUAAUCAAAAUAGAGCACAGCUUUUAUAGAAAAGAUAUCGCAAACAAAGCAUUGAUCAGACUCCCGAAAUCAUUAGAUUACAAGUCAAGCGGUGUAGAUAUUAUUGCGGGCGAAGAGUUAGUUAACAAAAUUAAAAAGUUUACGAACGAUACGAAUAGAAGUGGAGUAAUGGACCAAAUCGGCGGUUUCGGGGCUUUGUUUGACUUAAAAGCUGCUAAAUAUAACGAUCCGAUUCUUGUGUCGGGAACCGAUGGCGUGGGCACGAAGUUAAGAGUGGCUCUUGAAUAUGGAAAAGUGGAUACAGUGGGCAUUGAUUUGGUGGCCAUGUGUGUCAAUGACAUCCUAGUCCAGGGCGCAGAGCCCUUAUAUUUCCUCGACUAUUACGCGUGUAGUAAACUUGAUGUUAAUAUUGGGGCCAAAGUUGUUGAAGGCAUUGCCAAAGGGUGUAAAGAAUCCAAUUGCGCUCUCAUUGAUCUUAUUUCUAAAUCUCAUUUAAAAAUGUUGAAACUAUUAUUUAACAAAUUUAUGUUUAGGGGGAGAGACAGCGGUUUACGGCCCUUACAUACGCCUGCUACUGAAACUAAACCGGCCAAAACGACACCCUCGACAACUCUCUGCCUCGGAAAACGGGGCAGAGUUACUAUAAGUUCGGUCACUACAUCACUAACCGCAGGGUUCCAGUGGUAUUUAACGCCAUUUGACAAAACAAAGACUUUUGGUGAUGUAUUACUCGCGCCGACAAAGCUGUACGUCAAACCAUUAUUGAAAGCAAUCCAAUCGGGAAAAAUCAAAGCCUUGUCACACAUUACAGGAGGCGGUCUCAUCGAAAACAUCCCCCGAACUUUACCCAAACAUUUGGCUGUUGUAUUGGAUGCGUCCAAAUGGGAGGUACAAGAUAUUUAUAAGUGGAUUAAAUCUGAGGGAAAUAUUGCCGAUAGAGAAAUGCUUAAAACAUUUAACUGUGGUUUGGGAAUGAUUUGUAUAGUCAGUCAAUCAGACGCUCCAUCAGUACUCGAUAUGAUUCAUUCAAGACCUCUCUUUCGAUUUUGUGUUAAUGGAGAUUAUUUCUUCUUUUCUCAUCGCCAAGACUUGUCCGGCUCCGGCACUAACUUUCAAGCAAUUGCUGAUUACGUCAAACAGAACGCAAGCAAUACUGCAAUUGAUUUGGCACUCGUUGUAUCCGACAAGAAGGACGUCGAAGGAGUGGCCAGAGCUCAGAGGGAAGGCAUUACAACCAAGAUAUUUAUUAAGAAGAAAAUUGAAUCCCGAGAAGAAUUUGAUGAGAGAAUCCAAAAAGUACUUUUGGAGCACUCGAUAGAUAUCGUUUGUUUGGCCGGUUAUAUGAGAAUAAUGACCGAAACAUUUGUCAACUCGUGGUCCGGAAGAAUGAUUAACAUUCACCCGUCUAUACUUCCGCUAUUCAAAGGUAUGGCAGCCUAUCAACAGGCACUGGACGCCAAAGUAAAGCUGACGGGUUGUACCGUUCACUUCGUGACCCCAGAGAUGGAUGCGGGCCCUAUCAUAGCACAGUCUCCCAUCCCUAUUGAGGUGAACGAUACGGUCGACACACUUAUGGAAAAAGGCAAACGUAUUGAACACCAAACAUAUCCCAAAGCAUUAGAACUUUUGGCUCGAGGAAAGAUUGCUCUCUCCUCCGAUAAAAACUCUAUUGUUUAUAACAUUUAA